AUGGCCUCACUGUUGACCUGCUUUCUGUCCCUGAAUCUGCUACUGCUGGGUGAGUUGAUGAUCCCGGGGAGGGCAGGGGCUGGAGCACAUCAAGGUUCUGGACAGUUCAUAAUCUCGCCAAAGAAAAUGGACGCCGAACUGGGCCAGAAGGUGGAGCUGGUAUGCGAAGUGGUGUGGUCCACUUCCCAAGGAUGCUCUUGGCUCUUCCAGAACUCCAGCUCCAAACUCCCCCAGCCCAUCUUUGUCGUCUAUAUAGCUUCAUCCCACUCCAAGAUAACGCUGAACGAUGAGCUGGAUCCGAAACUGUUUUCUGCCAAGAGGGACAUGAACAAGUACAUCCUCACCCUGAACAAGUUCAGCAAGGAAACUGAAGGCUACUAUUUCUGCUCAGUCACUAGCAACUCGAUGAUGUACUUCAGCUCUCUCGUGCCGGUCUUUCAGAAAGUGAAGUCUACUACCACCAAACCAGUGCUGCGAACUACCACACCAGUGCCCCCUACCGGGACAUCUCGGCCCCCGAGACCAGAAACUUGCCGGCCCGGGGCGGGUGGCUCAGUGGAGGCGACGGGAUUGGAUUUCGCCUGUGAUAUUUACAUCUGGGCACCCUUGGCCGGAUUCUGCGGGGUCCUUCUGCUGUCCUUGAUCACCACUCUCAUCUGCUACCACAGGAUCCGAAAGCGGGUUUGCAAAUGCCCCAGGCCGCUAGUCAGACAGGAAGGCAAGCCCCGACCUUCAGAGAAAUUAGUGUAA